AUGCAGCAUCUUGCACCAUCACCUCUCGCAAAACGCGCACCGCACUCCCCAACACAACUUACAGCGAGGGAAACGACAGCCUUCUCGACCACUCCCUGCGCCACCGCGCGUGCGGCUUCCCCUCCGCCCUUAUCCCCCGCGCCGCCACCGAGUGCGUACGCGCGUCCGAGCGCUCGACGACGCCAAGGAACGGCGGCGGGCCACGCGGGGGCAGCACACCCCUUGGCAUGUUUGGGCUUGUGUAACUCCAAGACGCAUUCUCAAUAUCUAACAUUUCCUCAGGAUAAUCGACCGCCGAGGACCCGCUCCAGAGUGCGCACACAGAGAGAGCUCCAGCGGCCGAGCCCGCACCGGCCUCAUAACGACGUGCACUACCGCCGUGAUCCUCAACGUCGAAACGUCGAGGCCUGGCUCGGACAGCCAGGCUCUCUCCACCGAACUCACCGUGCACCACUCUGA